ACCCGCGGCAGAGUUCGGAACUUCAGGCCGCGUCAGUGCGCGGUGGCGCUGGGGCUCCAGACAGCUCCCGCGUGCGCUCCGGCCCAGCAGCGCAGCUCAGCAGUCAGGCGCCGGGGCCCAUGGCGCAGAGGCUGGGGGAGAGGGCACGGGGCGCCGCCGAGGCCACUGGGCUCUAUCGGGCGGUGCUGCUCAGAUCGGCCUCCAUGUACUCGGAGAUCCAGAGGGAGCGAGCAGACAUCGGGGGCCUGAUGGCCCGGCCAGAGUACAGAGAAUGGAACCCGGAGCUCAUUAAGCCCAAGAAACUGCUGAACCCUGUGAAGGCUUCCCGGAGCCACCAGGAGCUGCACCGAGAGCUGCUCAUGAACCACAGAAGGGGCCUCGGUGUGGACAGUAAACCGGAGCUACAGCGUGUCCUGGAGCACCGCAGGCGGAACCAGCUCAUGAAGAAGAAGAAGGAGGAGCUGGAGGCCAAGCGGCUGCAGUGCCCCUUCGAGCAGGAGCUGAUGAGACGGCAGCAGAGGCUGAACCAGCUGGAAAAACCACCAGAGAAAGAAGAGGAUCACGCCCCUGAAUUUAUUAAAGUCAGGGAAAACCUGCGGAGAAUUGCCACACUGACCAGCGAAGAGAGAGUGCUGUAGAGCUGGCGACCCCCACCCCUGGCCUUUACUCCGCCCAGUCCUUCUGUACCUGGUAGCCUGGGCCAUCAGUGAUAUGCAUGCUAGCUGCAGUAAACUGCAACGCCUUGAGGGCCUGGCCCUCCUUGAGAGUCCUGGGAUCCAGGCUCCCCCUCCCAGCAUUCACCGCUCCAGUUCCAACAGAAAGCCACUGCCUCAAAAACCUUCUGCAAGACACCUGCCCCAAAAGGUCUUCUGAGCUCUGCCAAGAUACCCCUGGCCAAAUUGGGAGGUGGGAAGGGGCAGGUGCCUCUCUGGCCAGAAAAGCCUUCCUUUCUGCCUCACCCCGCAAGCCCUGCUUCUCUGGGCAGUCCCUGGGUCUCAGAGAAUGUCCUGCCCCUGCAACCAGAUGUCCAGGAGUGGGCCUGCAGUAUCUUCCGACACCUGCUUGAGAGCCAAGGGUUCAAGUGCAGCUGUGUGAGGCAAGCAAGGGCCGGGCAGCGCACAGCCAGCCUGUGGCCCAUCGUGUCCAGUGGAGAGGGCCGUAGUGAGGAGAUCUCCUUAGGGUUUGCCAGCCUUCCCCCUCCCCCAUAUUUCAUUUUCUCCCUCCCUUGUCCUCCCUGUCCGGGCCUUGUAAGCAAGCCUAGCCAGAGCUGCAGCCUUUCUGCUCCCAGAGGCCUGGAACCAUGAUUCUCAAACUUUACUAUGCCUACAAAUCACUGGGAACCUUGUUAAAAUAAGGCUUGAUUCAGUAGAAUUGAGGCGAGGGCAGAGAUUCUGCUUUUCUAACCAUCUCCCAGGCUGCUUGUUUGAGGAUCACCCAGUAAAGAGCUGCUAAGUAUUGAGGAACUCAACCCUGGUGCCAUCUCUGUCCCUUGGCUCCAGGGCCGUCUGUCCUGCGGUUCCCCCCAACCCCGCCUCUGUAGCCUCAGGGGCUCUGUAGUCUUCUCCACCCCCAGGGACUCCACACUAGGGCAGAUUUUGCCUAGCAAAUUGCUUGGUUCUGUGACUCCUGUUUUUACCACGGUGCAUAUAAUUGCCAAUCUGCACUUUUUUUUUACCCUGCUGUCAUGAUACUAUUCCAACCUACCCCAAAAGAACAAUUUUUUCAAUAAUAUAAUAGUUUAUUUUUACAUCAUUUUGUGCCUAUUUUCAUCUCAGUUGC